CGUCGGCCGUUUAGGUCGUUUUUUUAAUAAUAAAUAUUGGAAAAAAUAAAUCCAAAACAUCUAACAUCAGUUUUAACUCAAACCUGUGACGAUGUUACAAUUUGUCCCUCUAAAAUUUCGCGCGUGUAUUCAUAUUCUAUUUUUAAAUUUAAUAGCAAAAAUGGCGGAUUUUAGUUAGUGCAAAUUUUCGGUGUGGUGCAGUUAUGUUUUAAGGAAAAUGAGAUUCAAGAUGGCGUCGCAAUUAAUAAAAUUUAUUGUUCUGGCAAUAGCGGUGCACUACUGUUCGGCUUCUGCGCAUAGAACGCCAAGGCAAGCUGGCCCCGGCAGCAUUUUUACAGUUGGCAACGGGGAACAAUGUCUAGGCUCUGACAGGACUACAGGUGGCGUCUGCCUAUCCCGUAAUCAGUGUAAUACCCAGGGCGGGAAGGCAAUUGGGUUUUGUGGUGUUUUCGCUACAUGUUGCUCUUUAAACGCUUGCGACGUGAGAACCAACACAAAAGUGGCCAUGUUCAUUAACCCACCUCUCAACAAGGAGUCUUCUGGUUUGGAAUGCUCGUACAACGUUGAAAUCAAUAACAACAACGUGUGCCAGAUGAGGAUUGACUUCGAGACAUUCAACCUGGCGCCGCCUACCACUGUGGAUCCAGUGGAGAACGUGACCCAGCGUCCAGGGUACACCUGCAGGAACGACAUCUUCCAGAUCACGAACCUCCAGGCCAAUUCUGAGUUCUUCCCGGCUUUGUGUGGGGACAAUAAUGGCCAACACUUGUACGUCCGAGUGAAUGCGUCCACCAAUAGCCGCUCGAUCCGGCUCAACUUCAAGAUCGCUGACAGGAACACGCAGCCGAACCUCCCCCAGGCCACGUGGAAGAUCAAAGUCACCCAAUUGGAAUGCUUCAAUACUUUAGGAAAAUACCGUGACGGCAUCUUGGAAGCUAUCACGUCUUCCCUACCUUCAACUCCACUCACCUCCACUGCUGACAGAGACGAAUAUCUUAUUGCACCCCCCGGCUGCCUCCAGUAUUACCCAGACAGAUCCGGGGCGUUCGAGUCCUUCAAUUACAACAGGGGAGCUGGUCCCUACAUCGCUAAUCUGGCUUACGCGACCUGCUUCAAGAGGACUCCUGAUGUUUGUGGUAUCAAAUUCACAUCAGCCAGCUUCGAGAUGGCGUACCGUUCGGACGAGAACCUAUAUCUGGAUACGGACUGUCAGAUCAACCCAGUGACCCAGGGUGCGGCCCAGUCGGAAGACUACCUCUUCAUUCCUGAGGCGGAGACGGCUGACGGCCUCAGGGGAUCCAAAUUCUGCGGUGGAAGCGCUUCGAACCAGAUCAUUGCGUCGACGCCCCCCGGCCCCCUCUACGUUCACUUCAACAGCGACAACCUGGUCACCGACGACAUCCCCGAGGCAGGCUACAGGUUCAAUUAUAAUGUGCUAAACAAUUGUUACCUGAGAGUGUCAAAUUUUUGAAUGACCGCAGAAUAGUUUUAAUUAGAAUUUAGUCUAUGAAUAGUAAUAAGUAUGA